GCUCUUCUUCUGCAUGAGUGUUGUGUUCCCCUGACCUCAGGAAACAAUGAGAGAUGGCUGCAACUCAACCAAGAAGAGCAAGCUGUCGUGGUCCAAGAGCUUGGUGCGCAAGUGGUUCAACAUCAGGAGCAAGGCCCACGACUUCCACGCCGACGACGCCGCUGCGGCCGGCCACAGAGGCGGUGGCGGCGACGACGAAGAGUGGAGGGGCAGCAGCUUCACCAGGAGGGAGCCGAGCACGGCCAAGAAGAGCAGGACCGAGAGGCCGUCCAGGAGGAGCCGCGAGCACUCCAGGCGGGGCAAGAUCGACCUCGACGCCGCCGAGGCCACCGUCACCAUGGACUACAGGAUCUUUGUUGCUACGUGGAAUGUGGGUGGCCGAUCCCCUCCGAGCGGCAUGGGCCUCGAGGACUGGCUCCACGCCGCGCCGCCAGCCGACAUCUAUGUCCUCGGGUUCCAAGAGAUCGUGCCGCUGAACGCCGGGAACGUGCUGGGGACGGAGGACAACGGGCCGGCGAGGAAGUGGGUGUCGCUGAUCAGGAGGACGCUGAACACCCUCCCGGGCGCCAGCGCCAGCGGCAGCUUCCGGACGCCGUCGCCGGCGCCGCCGGACCCGGUGGCGGAGGUGGACGACGACUUCGAGGGGCUGUCGAGGCACCAGAGCAACAACGCGGCCUUCUUCCAGCGCCGGUCGUUCCACAGCCGGAGCCUGAGGAUGGAGGGCGACAUCCUCGCCCCGCAGCCCAGGCUGGAGCGCCGGUACAGCGUCUGCGACCGCGCAAUCUACGGCUCCCGCCGGCCCAGCGACUACGAGGCGCACUGCCGGUGGGGUGGGUCGUCGGACGACGACAAUAACACCGGGGAGUCGCCGAGCACGGUGUACUCGCCAAUGUCGUACGGGUACGGCCACGCGCCGUCUUUGGACGACAGCCAUAAACCAGCUUCUGGUCACACAAGAUAUUGCCUGGUUGCGAGCAAGCAAAUGGUGGGAUUAUUUCUGAUGAUUUGGGCUCGGAAGGACAUAAGGGAUGACAUAAGAAAUCUCAAGGUUUCUUGUGUUGGCAGAGGAUUGAUGGGUUACCUAGGAAAUAAGGGUUCGAUUUCGAUUAGCAUGACAUUGCACCAAACAAGCUUCUGCUUCGUCUGCAGCCACCUGACAUCAGGGCAGAAGGAAGGCGAUGAGAUGCGCCGCAAUUCUGAUGUGCUUGAGAUCCUUAGGAAGACCAGGUUCCCAAUGGUUUAUGGGCAGUACGAACGAUCGCCGGAAACUAUCUUAGAGCAUGAUCGUAUCAUCUGGCUCGGGGACCUAAAUUACCGAAUUGCGCUUUCCUAUCGGUCAGUGAAGGCCCUGGUGGAGAUGCGCAAUUGGAAAGCAUUGCUGGAGAAAGAUCAGCUAAGGAUCGAACAAAGAGGCGGGCGAGUGUUUGUCGGGUGGAAUGAGGGGAGAAUAUACUUCCCGCCGACAUACAAAUACUCGAACAAUUCUGACAAGUAUGCUGGGGAUGACAUGAACCAGAAGGAGAAGAGGAGAACUCCUGCAUGGUGUGAUCGCAUUUUGUGGUAUGGAAGGGGUCUUGGUCAAAUGUCAUAUGUUCGUGGCGAAUCUCGGUUUUCAGAUCAUCGGCCGGUCUACAGCGUCUUUAGUGCAGAAGUGGAGUCGAUCAAUCAUAGCAGAAUUCAGAAAAUGAGCUGUUCAAGCUCUCAGUUGGACAUCGGGGAACUACUGCCUUACUCAUAUGGAUAUACCGACAUCAAUCCGUAUGGAUACACUGAUCUGAAUUUCUACUGAAAGGGUUCAAGAACAUUGGCAUCCUCCAAAUGUUCAGUCCUGUAACUAGUAAUGAAAAGGCUAAAUUGGUGAAGGAGAGUGCACUCGCCAGGACCUAUCGGACAUAAGUUAAGCUUCUUAAAAUUGA